ACGAAUAUCAAUCUGAUUUGAAACUAGUGAUUCAAGACGAAGAAAAUGCGAUACAACCAUCUACUAGUUCAAAUAAGGAAGCAACUGGUAAUUUAAGUCAAACCGAUGAAAAUAUACUUAAAAACCUUUUAGAAAAAUCAGUAAUUCAAGAUGAUGAAAAUUCGAUACAUCCGUCUACUAGUUCAAAUAAUGAAGCAACUGGUAAUGCAAGUCAACCCGAUGAAAAUGCGAUACAACCAUCCACUAGUUCGAAUCAGGAAACUGCACAGUUAAUACUUAAUACAACCGAAAAUGUAAACGCGGAUAGGCGUCGUGAAG